CGUCAGCGGGCGGACACGUGCGGUGGGCGAUGGCGGGCGUUGGGAGCCGCCAGUCCCCUAGCUAAUGCAGCGAGAGGAGAGAGAGCAGAGCCGGGCGCUCGGUGUGACCGCGGCCGGCCGCCUCCUCACCCCAAUACCGGGCGGGGGAGAGGGGCGAGGGCCGGUACACAGGGAAUGGGCGUCGGCCGCGGAGCCGGGGUAGGUAAGGUAGGCGAGGCCCGAGGCCCCCGGUGAUGGGCCGACGCGGAGCGGACUUGAGCGACAUGGAGCUCGCUAGCGGGGCGGCCGCGGGGCCCGGCAACCUGACGGCGCUCAGCAACCAGAGCUGGGCGGCCGAGGCGGGGUCUGUGCCGGCUGCGGCGACGGCCAUAGUUGUGACCGCCCAGGCGCUGGUGCUUCUCCUCAUCUUCCUGCUGUCGGGCCUGGGCAACGCGGCGGUGAUCGCGGUGAUCGCCAGGCACCGGCGGCUGCGCACCGUCACCAACGCCUUCAUCGUGUCGCUGUCGCUGUCCGACCUGCUCACCGCGCUGCUCUGCCUCCCCUUCUCCUUCCUCAUGCUCUUCAGUACCGACGGUGCCUGGAACUUCGGCGACUUCCUCUGCCUGGUCAACGGCUUCUUCAACUCGUGUUCGGGCAUCGUCUCCAGCCUCACCAUGACCCUCAUCUCCUUCGACCGCUACUACGCAAUCGUCAGGCGGCCACGGGGAAAGAUGGACAGGCGCCUGGCAGCGCAGCUCCUGGCCGCCGUCUGGCUGACGGCCUUCUUCUUUUCUUUCCCUUGGCAUCUCUUGUUACCAGCCCCGGAUCACAAGGUGGUUCACAAGAAGGGCUUCUACCACUGCAUGUACAUCUUUCACUCAGGCAGCUCGCCCAUGGGCACUGGCUACAGCCUGGCCCUGAUUGUCACUUGCUACCUGCUGCCUUUCUCUCUGAUGUGUUUCUGCCACUACAACAUCUGUAAGACUGUGAGGCUUUCAGAAAUCCGAGUCCGCCCAGAACCUACCUAUGCCCACCUUCUGCGCUUCUACAGUGAAAUGAGGACAGCCACCACAGUGUUGAUAAUGAUUGUCUUCAUCAUCUGCUGCUGGGGCCCAUACUGUGUCAUGGGAAUUAUCACUGCCACUAACAACCUUCGUUUCACUCCUGUCAUGGACACCGUGGCCAUCUGGCUGGCCUGGGCCAACGGUGCCCUCAAUCCUGUCAUCUACGCCACCAGAAAUCCCAACAUUUCCAUGCUUUUGGGAAGGAAAAGGGAAGACGGUUACAGGACUAGAAACAUAGCAGCCUAUCUGUCUGGGCAGAACCAAGAUCACGAGACAAGAAUUCAGUCAGACAGGAUAAGGGAUCACUACGUCAGAGGGCAGGGAACUGGCAACAGGAUGUCCUCUUCUAGUCCCGCGAAUGGGGACGUGGCAAUGUGGGCCUGUAAAAAUCCAGCUGUGUUCUUCUGUCGGGAUGGACAGCCUGAUGCAACGCCUGAGCCUACAGUAGCCAAAUCAGUGACUGCAGACACCAGCCUUUAAAUAAGAUCAAAACCAUCCAAUCGGAUUAUUUACAUUUGGUAACAUUUAAUGGAGGAUGGAGCAAACGGUUUGUGGUACAAAACCUGUUUGUGACACUGGGAUGGGUUAUGUUAAAAUGUGCUAUGAUUGGAUUUGAGAUGAUUUCAUUCCAAAGUCUUAAUCAUAAAGAAAGAAAAUUAGUUUUUGGUAACAUGAAACAGACCAUUUUAUGUCUAAUCUGUAUAAAGUACAAUAUCGAACCCUCGCUUGAGAAAACUGUAAAUGUUCUGAAAUGGCUGAAGUGCCAAAUGGCAAUGGGACAUUAAUAACAAAAAAAUAAUUGCCUUACCCUAAACGAUGGGACAACUACAUUUUUUUCAGAUGCUGUUUAUCGUGUCCUUUCCCUUUGAAGGAAAGGUGUAAUGGUGUGAAAAUAGUUUCCAUAUAUGAAUAGUUGAAAAGCAGGUUGAUGGAUAUUGCUUUGCAAUUGGAUUGUGACUAUUUUAUGGUGUAUUUAACUUCCAUUGUCAUUGAAGUUAAUUUUGAUUUGGUUCACGCUGCAAGAAAUUGUCAGAUUGAUCAAGUCAUUUGAAGUACUACCCAAAUUUGCACCUGCUGAAAAGGAACAUUCAAGUUUCCUGAAGCUAGUUGUCAAUAACAGUUGUGAUUUCCACGCCAUGAAUGCGAUUGCUGAGCUGUGUGCAGGGAGAGUCAUCAGAUCUUGGAAGGAUCCCGUAUCAUUGUGAUCUUUACUACAACUGGAAGAAAAUAAAAAUGUAGGUGAAAUGGCAAGAGCAGGUGUAUAGCCAACUCCAACAGAUCCUCUGUCCUGUGGAGGGCUAUGCCUCAAGCAGAACCACAUGAGCCAUGGUCAUUAUUGUAUUAUUGGUACAUAUUUAUUUGCUCUGUUGCAUUAAUGUGCAUGUAAAGCUGAAGAAAAUGUUAUUUUGGUACACCAAAUAUUUAAACUCUUGAAUGUAUAGGGAUGAUCAGCUAUGGCAGAUUCAUGCUCAUAUAAAAGGACAGUAAACAGUGAUAGAACAAGCAAAAGUAAUUGUAAAAGUAUUUUGACCUUUAGUAAUACAAAUCUGUUCGAUGUUAUCAAAAUACAAUUGAAGAGAUCUUUAGGUUGUGUCACAUUGCAAAUUUCAGCAGAUUUUUUAAAACUCUCAUUUCACUGUCAUUCUCCCGUCUGUCAGAACUAUAAUUUCAGUGAGAAGGAUGUUAAAAGUAAUGUUAAACUUACUGUUUAAAGGUUAUGCAUGCAAGGGUGAACAUGACCAGAAUUGCCUGGCCGAAUUUCAUCUGGAAAUGAUAGUUGGUACAAUCCAGGAGAAAAUACUUUUGCAUAAUAGGUACAUAAAAGCAGGUGUGCGUUCCAUUUCUAGGCUGGGGUGUGUUCUCUGUUUCAAUACUUACACUAAUAAUCUUGCAUAAAAGAGCAUAAACAUAAUUUAUUGAUUAUGGCAUUAUUUGGUAAAUGUCAUUGUAGAGGUCAGCUGCAUCCAGUUUACAUAUAGCUGCAUUUAAUGGCAGUGAGAUGAGUAAUGUUGUCUUGAUGAUGUCAUGCUUGGGUUGACGCCUCCAUGCCAGUUCUGUGGUUUGAGAUGGUUGCUGAGGCCAUUGUGGGACCCUGCCACUGGUGCGUGAGGAGAUGCUGGACAUGGUGUAGUGGAGAGUAAGAUGGAUGGUUUGGGAGGUGGUAUGCAUUUUCCAUUGUAAGCAAUGAGAUGUGCAUUCUCAAGAAAUAAAUUCUGUUUUGAGCAAUUGAGGCAUUGGGAAUACCACAAAUUGGUAAAGAUAUUGCAUUUUUGCAGGAGGCUUUGACACCAUUCCCUCUAUUCACUUGAUUCUCUAAAUUUGAAGAUUGCUCACUUGAAGGAACCUUUUCCUUUUUAUACAGGUGAUGAACAUUGUCCACAGUUCCCCCUCCCAAUACUGCUUUCUUAAUAGACACAAAAUGCCUGACUAACUCAGCGGGACAGGCAGCGUCUCUGGUUAGAAGGAAUGGGUGACAUUUCGGG